GUCGCGCAGAGUUUAAGGUCCAGAGUGUUCACCGCAGCUCCAGCGCUCCUGGUUUUCAGAGUGUCUGUAUUAGAUCAGCGGUACAGGCAGUGUACUGGAGUUACUGAGGUUAUAGAAAGCUGCAGCGGUGUGUGAGGGCCGCGCUGAGGGUAAACACGCUGCGGAAAUCGGCUGGCUGUGGUAGUUAGCUCGCAGGCUAAGCGCUAAGCAGGCUAAGCCUCUGUCUGAGUGACCGUUAGCUUACUCGGCUAGCGAGCAGCAGCGGAGCCGGAGCGGAGCGGGGGUUUCAGCUGAACUGACCGCGGGCGGAGAACCAUGGGCUCCAGAGCGUCUUCAUUACUGAGAGAGGAGGAUAUAGAGGAGAUUAAGAAGGAGACUGGCUUCUCCCACAGUCAAAUCACUCGCCUCUACAGCAGAUUCCACAGCUUGGACAAAGGAGAAAAUGGUGCUCUCAGCCGCGAAGACUUUCAGAGGAUUCCAGAGCUGGCAAUCAACCCUCUUGGUGAUCGGAUAAUCAAUGCCUUCUUCCCUGAGGGGGAGGAUCAGGUGAACUUCAGAGGAUUUAUGCGAACGUUGGCACACUUCCGCCCAGUGGAGGACAACGAAAAAAAUAAAGACCCGACUGCUGAGCCCCUCAACAGCAGAAACAAUAAGCUGCUCUUUGCCUUCCGUCUGUAUGACCUGGACAGAGAUGACAAAAUCUCCAGAGAUGAACUCCUCCAGGUACUGCGUAUGAUGGUUGGAGUGAAUAUUUCUGACGAGCAGCUCGGCAGCAUCGCAGACAGGACCAUCCAGGAAGCUGACACGAACGGAGACAUGUCCAUCUCAUUUAGCGAGUUCAUCAAGGUGUUAGAGAAGGUCGACGUUGAGCAGAAGAUGAGUAUCCGCUUCUUGCACUAAGGCCGGGCUCUUUGCCUACAACUGAACUGAACCCUUGACUGGAAGCCCUCCAUGCCAAUAUACGCCCAAGAGUCCUAACUACUCCCCCCCCCCCCCCCCCCCCCCCUCCCCGGUAUCUGACAUUUCGGGCUCCUUGGCCGCCCCUUUCAGACCUGUCUGCAGAUCUCUUCCAUUUCUCCUUUCAAAUCACGUUUCAGACUGUCGUGUCGAUUGCGGGGAAUGAUCAUGUGCCUUCGAUUGUUUUUCACACCGUCACUAUGUCUAUUCCCUGCAGUGUUAUAAUCCUAUUUAUUCCGGACCAUUCCUGGCUCAAAUGUGCGUCUUUGGUUCUGUGCAAUAAAGUGUAGAUAGAAUGCUCUUAUAUGGUAAAGAUGAUUUAAUAUUGGUUGCUGUAAAGUAAUUUUAUGUGUGCAGAAAAAUACUUCCAUUGUGGCCAAUCCCAUCCCUUUAAAGAUAAGGAUAACUUUCAUUCUUUGUCUUAUCUGUGUUAAAAUGAGUCACAGGAUAAAUAAAGCUUUCUUUUCCAGCUUACCCAAGAACGAUCAGUAACUGCAGACAAACCUGUUGUGACCACAUGAGCUGCUAGACACUGUUAUUCAUGGGCUAUUUGCGCAGUCCUUUCACAGCCCAACAAAGCAGGUUUCACAGUGACCUUCAGUCUUUUUUAAUGGAGGAAAUUCAUUCCAUACUAGAAAAUAAGUAACCAUGACAUCUGUAAAGGAAGUCAUUCUUGGUUAUUAUGUUCUAGGGCACUCCUGUGCUUUGUCCCUUGCUUUUUAGGUCUGUGGGUUCAAGCCAAGUUCCAUAGUACACCUUCUGAUAGUUUUCCUCGUUGAAUAGGGGAAAUUUUCCGUCCAAAUGGAGGGAUUAGGGAUCUGUCAUCUGUGUUCUGUUAUGUUUUGCUCAGGUUAUAAUCAAGUCAGCUUUAAUUAGCCACCGUAAGCUACUGACAUCAUUGAAAACCAAGUCUGGUGGCCUGCUGACCAUUCAGUGGGGAGGCAGGUUGAGUUGACAGCAAAUACACUGUGGUAAAGUGCUUUCUGUUUUGUUUCUGGAGAUAAAAUAAACAAGAUUAAAUGCGAGCAGGCCGAAUGGUCCAUGUCUUAACUGUUGACUUGUGUGAUUUCAGUAAGAGUCAAUAACAGGUAGUGGCUAAAAAUGGGUCAAGCUGAUUGCUGACCAGCUCUACUUAUUUACCACCUGAAAAAAAUCAGUUUAGCACCCACUUGCUGCUUUAACUCUCUUAAGUAUAAAGAUGCUACAAAGUGUUUCUUGAGCAAUUCUCUGAAUAGGUAAAAGGAACCACGUAGGAAAAGAAAUAAAAUCUGAAAUUUUCCAAUCUUCAAAUUUGAGCCUUUAAAUUUUUUUUCAUUUAUUCACAAUCAGCAGCUAGAGUCUGAGAGAGCACAACAGUAGAUGAUGCUCUCUCCCUUUAUCACUCCCAUUGUGAUACUCGCUGGCACAGCGUCUGUUAGCUGAUGCAUCAGAGCUGGGGAUCUGGCGCUUUCCUCUGUGUGUGUGGCAGCCAAUUGAUGCUGAAUUGGCAAAGUCUGACUUCACAUAUAUUACAGGAGGCAUGUGCAGAGAAUGUGUAAAGAGGAUUAUUUUUAUAGUGAUAAAUCUUUUCAUUUUCUCAAUACUGAGCAUUAUCAAAUGUUUCAGCACUCCAGACAUAAUUUUAAAGCUUUUAAACUCAGUUAUAAACCACUUAAACAUGCUCUGAGUGUCCGCUCACAGUAGCAGUAAUGUUAGCACCUCUACUGGCCAAAACCUUUUUUCCUGUAGAAAAAUGUAAAUAAUAAUAGAUAAAAUGCAUAAUUCUGCUUCCAGAAGUUGUAAGGCACUAUUUUACCUUUGCUUCGUUAGUUAUUUCGCACCACUCAUGGUCUCCUCCUAGUUUUAGCAGUCAUUUUCUGACUCCAUAAACUGGCUCUGGCAUGUGCCUACCCUCCUGGAAAAUUGCGAGUGAUGGGGGGAGUGUUAUUGAGUGAGUGGGUUAACUGGCACCGCUAAGUUGAGGAAAAAGUUUUGUGUAAUGAUUUUAUUACAUUAUUUAUUAAAAAGUGCCGUACGUUCACAGAUUGCAUUAGUCUACUUGGUUUUAAAUGAAACAAAGAGAACCGGUAUGUGGUUCUUUUAUUGCAUUGUUAAAGGAAUCCUUUGUAGUACCUUUUUAUUUGAAGGCUGUAGUUAAAGUAGGUCUGCAGUCCAACCUAACAUACACUGCUGAUUGUCUUUAAUCAUGAUGGUAAUAUUACUGUGUGUGUUAAUCCAGGGAACUUCAAAUCUCACUGGUUUUCUCUUCAUGUACAGAUCUGUAGAGGAUAGUGGACAGUGGACUCUUAGCAGUAGCUUGAUUUGUUGUGGAGAUCACCUCUUAUACAGGAAGCUUCACAGCAGCACCCAGCUAGUUCUGGAAAGGGAAUCAGUUUUAUUACACUUUUCUUACUCAGUGUGAUUUAUCAGUCCUGUACUCCUGUACUGUGAUUUUGAUCAAAUAAAAAUUUCAAGUGCCAUGUUGUA